UCAUUGAAGUAACCAAUGGUGAUCCCUGGGGCAGCUGGGCAUGGCCGGAGAUGUGUCCAGAUGGAUAUUUUGCCAGUGGGUUCUCAAUCAAGGUGGAGCCCCCUCAAGGCACUCUUGGCGAUGACACAGCUCUGAACGGGAUCAGGCUGCACUGCACUAGGGGGAACCUAGCACUCGAUACACAUGUUGUGGAGUCUCAAUCUGGGAGAUGGGGUGCGUGGAGCGAGCCGCUGUGGUGUCCCGGUGGGGGUUUCUUAGUGGCUUUCUCACUUCGUGUGGAGGAGCCCCAGGCCCUCGAGGACAACACCGCGGUGAACAAUGUGCGCUUCCGCUGCUCUGAUGGCACCGAGCUGGAGGGGCCUGGGCUGAGCUGGGGAGAUUUUGGAGACUGGAGUGACCCCUGCCCCAAAGGCGCGUGUGGCCUGCAGACAAAAAUCGAGCAGCCUAGAGGCCUCCGCGAUGACACUGCGCUCAACGACGCGCGGAUAUUAUGUUGCCACAGUUGA